AUGACUUUCUGCACCACUCUCAAUCUGUGUCGCAUGCACCAUUUCGCUGAGACUUAGACAGUAACAGCCACUCAUUCCAGGCAGUCACCGUCAUCAUGGCGGACUCCGCGAAGAAGACCAUCUACAUCGACGAGGAGAUCGGCGAAGACGCCGCACAAACAGAGGGCACCGAGGCGAAGCCGUACAAGUCGCUACAAUAUGCCUACGUCCAGCACACCGACUCUGCUGAGUACUUGGUGAAGAAGGCGGAAAAGGAUGAGGUUGCAUCAUACAAGCCGGCGGCAAAGGCUGCAAUGAAGAAGGCAGUCAACUAUGCAGAAACACAAAAGAAGAAGGCAGCGAAAGAGCAAGAGCUAGCGAUAAGGGAAAAAAAGCUCGAGGAAGAGCGGCAAAAGGUGUUGGAGGAGUCCAAGAAGAUCGUCAUCACUGAGGACAAGAACCUUCCAAAGGCCACCAAGAUCCACUUGGGCGAAACUCGGCCAGAGGUUGUCAAGCUGGGAAGUGGAGAGCGCCCGAAGGAGGUGGACUACAGGGCACCAAACAGAGGGACACGAGUACGAGUGAUGGGUCGCGUGCAUCGCGUGCGUGAUCAAAAACAGGUCUUGUUCAUCACACUGCGGGACGGCCAUGGAUAUCUGCAAUGUGUGCUCACAGGAGAUCUUGUCAAGACGUACGACGCGCUCACGUUGACUCGCGAAUCCAGCGUAGAGAUCACCGGUGAGAUGUGGGAGGUACCGCCUGGAGCACAUGCUCCGGACAACCGCGAGCUUCAUGCCGAUUACUGGAGAGUCAUUGGCAAGGCGCCUGGUGGCGAGGAUGCCAUUACGAACGUGGUGCAAGCCAAAGGCGACCCACAGACAUUGCUUGACAGACGGCAUUUGGUACUCCGUGGAGAGCAGUCAUCUGCGGUCAUGUUCAUUCGCGACGCCGUCGAGCACGCUUUCAACCUCAAAUACCACGAACUCGGCUACGUCAAGGUGUCUCCUCCUGCAUUGGUCCAGACACAGGUCGAAGGAGGCAGCACCUUGUUUGGCUUUGAUUAUUACCAGGAAAAGGCCUAUCUGACGCAAUCCUCGCAGCUGUACCUCGAGACAGCCAUUCCAUUCGCCGGCAACGUCUACUGCAUCGAGAAAUCGUUCCGUGCCGAGAAGUCGUUGACCCGCCGACACUUGUCCGAGUACACCCAUGUUGAGGCUGAGCUUGACUUUAUCACCUUCGAUGAUCUCCUGGAGCAUCUUGAGGAUGUCAUUUGCGGCGUCAUCGACAUUGUAUUGGACAACCCACGCUAUGCCAAGAUGAUCAAGGAGCUCAACCCAGAAUUCACCAAGCCCGAGCGCCCAUUCAAGCGAAUGAAGUACUCAGACGCCAUUCAGUGGCUCAUCGAACACGAGAUUCCAAACGAGGACGGAGAGCCUCACAAAUUCGGUGACGACAUUGCCGAAGCCGCGGAACGCAGGAUGACGGAUAUCAUCAACAAGCCCAUCUUCCUUACGCACUUCCCGGUUGAGAUCAAAGCGUUCUACAUGCAAAAGGAUCCCGAAGACAAGCGGGUUACCGAAUCUGUCGACUGCUUGAUGCCAGGCGUCGGAGAGAUCGUCGGAGGUUCCAUGCGCAUGUGGGACUACGACGAGCUCAUGGACGCCUACAAGCGCGAAGGCAUCUCCCCAGACGCAUACUACUGGUACACCGACCAGCGCCGCUACGGCACUUCUCCUCACGGCGGCUACGGUCUAGGACUCGAACGUUUCCUCGCCUGGCUUUGCAAACAGCACACCGUCCGCGACACAUGCUUGUACCCGCGUUACAUGGGCCGUUGCAAGCCCUAGACAACGCAUGCUGCUACAAAUUAAGGUUCUUCGAGCCAUCUUUCUCAUUCCAGGGAUGGACGGUGAAGCUUUCUUGGCUGAUACUUGAGUCCUGAUGCCUGGUCUGGUCUGGUCUGGCCUCCAAACUCUAUACCCCUGACGAUCAGUGCGCUUUGAGAAUGUUCGUGAUCAUGGGAUUUAAGCUUGUUUUGUGGAACAAGCAAGUCGAAGAGAACAUCAUACUAAUCAGCUUAUGGGACCGUUCGACUUCACCCGAUGUCUAUGUUCGGCAGUUCACCCUUUCCGGAUCAGGAUGAGCUUCGGAUCUCUCUUGAGAAUGUACUGAACUUUUUCGAUAAGCUGAUUCUGAUGUGAUUCUGACGCAACGCAAAGAUUCUGUGUCCGGUGACAGUGAUGGCGCAGACGAGGAUAUUCGAGCCGGAUACAAUCAGAGCGAGCUAGCAACGAUACAUGCAGCAGCACAUACUGUAGAACAAAUUAACUUGAAGCAAGACAAUUCACACGUCGAGACGAUUCGUAGAGA